UCGGAUGACGAGAGAGGGUUUCUGAUUAAUUUGUGGCGUUAAUUAUCUAAAAUUUUGCAAACCCUUCAAACGUCUCGUAUUAAAAAUAUUCAGAAAUUUUGGGCUUAUAGCUAUGUAGGUAGACGUAUAUAGAUUAAAUAAUCCUAAAUUUAGCUGCUGAAUAACCUCUCGAUCUGGGCUACCGUAAUUGCUCCUUGUAAUUGUAGAUAGAAUAGUUGAGAUCGAGAUAAAUGAAAGUGUUGUUUAUAUAUUUUGAAGUUCAUGGUGCGGUACGCGUCGCGAACUGUCUUGAAUGGGGCAGUGGUGCUUGAUAAUGUGAAAUCAUCAAAAAAUGUGUCUCGUUUUGUGUAAUUUAAUUACAAAGUGUUUUUGUGCUGUUGAUCGGAUGUUGCGGUAGGAUUGCCAUGUCCAGACUAGUGGACUAUUUUGUUAUAGUGGGCUUCGACCACGAGAAAGAAAGAGGCGGCCUCAGUAACGGUAUCAUCCUUCAGCGAUUUCCCGAGAUCAAUUGGGAGGACACACCCUUCCACGACGGCAUAGAAUGGUUCUGCCAGCCGCAAGGAUGGGCACUCUCCACGGAACGCUCAGAGCCCCGGUUCUACGUGUCGGUGCUGACAGACGUGGACGCGAACAGGCACUACUGCGCCUGUCUCUGCUUCAACGAAACUGUAGCCAUCACACCCACCAAGCCGGCAGACGAGGACGAAGAAUCUCUAGACUCGAGCCGGCCAGUUCCGAACAUCACCCACCACAGUAUCAUGUACGCGCCCAAAUGCCUGGUCAUAGUUUCGCGGCAAGAUUACAUCGAUACAUUUCGGAAUUGCCUCGGCAUAAUCUACACGGUGUGGGUUGAGAAUUUGGGCGUGCCCUUGGAGACGUUGGUUGGAAACCUGCUGGGCUGCGUGCUGGUUCCACCCGCGGGUGGACCUCAGGUUCGCUUCAGUAUAGGCGCAGGGGAUCGGCAGGCUCUGCAACCUCCGGCUGCUCCGCCCAUGCCAGUCACUCACAAUGCUGUGUAUAUGUUAUUGAGAUUGCUAGGUAUCCACAAUUCAGUAACACUCUGGUGUGCGGUGAUGAGCGAACACAAGGUGCUGCUCGUGUCGCUCGCGGGCGCGCGGCUGUCGGCGGUCUGCAGGGCGCUGGCCGCGCUCAUGUUCCCCUUCCGAUACGCCCACGUGUACAUACCGCUGCUGCCGGCCGGGCUGGCGGAGGUUCUCGCUACACCCACGCCCUUUCUGAUCGGCGUACAUUCGAGUUUGAAGGAGGAGGUCUCAGAAUUGUUGGACGUUAUAGUAGCCGAUCUCGACGUGGGCUCACUUCACAUCCCGGCGGGGGUUAAUAUACCGCGCCCAGAGGGGAAGCUCCUAUCGUCUCUCCAAGAGGCCUUAGCUCUAGUCUUGCAGCCGGAGUUGAAAUCAGCUGAUUCCGCGUUCGCCCCGCCCCCGCCCUCCUCUUCUCCGCCUCAUAUGUUGGACAAGGAGAUCAGAGCGGUGUUUAUGAGAACAUUGGCGAAACUAUUACAGGGUUACAGACACUGCCUUACAAUCAUAAGGAUCCACCCGUCACCAGUAUUAACAUUCCACAAGGCCGGCUUCCUUGGAGCCAGGGGUCUCUCACAGUGUCCGUUCGCAGUACGAUUACUGGAUUCGAUGUUCUUUAAUGGGCUGGUUGCUGAACGAGGACCACCAUGGAGACCAACGGAUAUAUGGGACGAAUUAGUGCAAAAUCUACCUGAACAACUUAAAUUAGAAUCAUUGAAUCCAGAGUUAGAGCUACAGCAUAUACAGGACUUGGCGAUGCAGUUACAUCUCAAUGAAAAUCCUAACCCACAGGGUGUAUCGACACAGACGUACUCACAGCGUGUACUACGACCACCGGAAGGCGCUUCAGCUCGGAUACACCAACCACCUCUACCACCAUUAGAUGCAGAAAGAGUACAUGCUGUUAUCGAAGAAGUUACCGCGAGGAACGCGAACAAUCCCAAAUUGUCAGCGAUCCGACUGCCGGCUCCGAGGAUCAUCCCGCCGGGCGCGUCCCCCACCGGCGCCGUCGAGCACACGCAGCUGCUGCUCACCAACUCGGCCCGGCGACUCGAGGUGCUGCGCGCGUGCGUGGCCGCCAUCUUCGAGAGCCGCUACGCGGACGCGCGCAAGUCGCUGCCGGGCGUGGUGCGCGCGCUGCGGGCGCCGGCCGCGCGCGCCGCGCUCGUGCGCGACCUGGCCGCGCGCCUGCCCACCAACAAGCACCUGCUGCAGCACCACCAGUUCGAGCUCGUCGUGCGGCUCAUGAACUGCGCGCUGCAGUCGGCGAGCGCGCUGGACGAGCACUCCAUCGCCGCGGCCGUGCUGCCGCUCGCCACCGCCUACUGCCGCAAGCUGUGCACCGGCGUCAUCCAGUACGCCUACAUGUGUAUACAGGAGCAUCAGGUGUGGACGAGUCAGCAGUUCUGGGAGGCGGCCUUCUAUCAGGAGGUGCAGCGCGACAUCAAGGCGCUGUAUCUGCCCAGUCCCACGCACCACCACCGCAUGCCCAGUCCCAGGGAAGACGACGAGUAUAUAUCGUUACUGAAAGCUCAAGAACCGAGUGCGUUGGAAAUCGCUGCAGAACAGAUGCGGCUUUGGCCCAGUUUACCGCCAGAGAAGCAACGCGAGCUGAUAGCGAGCGAGGAGUCGACGCUGUACAGCCAGGCCAUCCACUACGCCAACCGCAUGGUGUACCUGCUGCUGCCGCUGGAGGGCGCCGGUCGGCGGGCCGACGUGCGCGGGGACGACGCCGACCGCGCCAGCAACAGCAUCACCAACAGUGUUGCGGAGUCAGAUAGUGCAGAUGCGGAAUCAGGUUUUGAAGAGGCGGAUCCGGGCGAAGCCGGCAACAAUGUCAUAAAGAUGGUCUCCAGAUUUGUUGACAAGGUGUGCACGGAGGGCGGCGUGACGGCGGAGCACGUGCGCUGUUUGCACCAGAUGGUGCCGGGCGUCGUGCACAUGCACCUGGAGGCGCUCGACGCCGUCGCGCGGGAGAGCCGCCGACUGCCGCCUGUGCAAAAGCCCCGCAUCGCGUGGCCCGCGCUGGUGGCGGGCGAGGCGGGCGCGGGCGCGGCGCUGCGCGCGCUGCUGCUGGCGGACGGGCGCGGCUGCGCGCUGCCGCAGCUGCUGCCCGCCGAGGGCGCGCUGUUCCUCACCAACUACCGCCUGCUGUUCAAGGGCGUGCCGCUCGACCCCUACGCGUGCGAGGCGACGGUGGUGCGCUCCUUCCCCCUGAGUGCGUUAACGCGGGAGAAAGGUGUCCGCGCAGCGCAUGCGCAGCUGGAACAUACGUUACACGACGGACUGCAGCUGCGAGCCGCCACUUUCCAGCUCAUUAAGGUAGCGCUCGACGAGGAGGUGAGCAGCGAGCAGGCGGAGGCGUUCCGCAAGGCUGUAGCUCGUCUGCGCCACCCGUCACAUCCGCUAAUGCACUUCGCGCUGGCCCCUCGAGCCCCACCGCCGGCGGACCUCGCGCAGCCCAAGCACCACACGCUCAAAGGUUUUGCCAAAAAGACCCUGCUGAAGACGGCGCGGCGUGCAGGCCUAAAGCCGAAACCCUCGAAGAGACAGAAGUACGUCCUUCCGUCCUCGGAUGCGCGCUCACUCACCUCACCUCCCUUGAUGUCCUCGCUGUCGGCCGAUACGUUGUCACUGGAGGAGCUGGAGCUGGGCGGCGGCGCGGCGGAGGGCGCGGAGUGCGCACACGCGCGCUCGCUGGAGCGCGUGCGCGAGCGGGUGUACGCGCGCGACUGGGCGCGCCUGGGGCUGGCCGCGCCGCCCUUCCGCCUGUCGCACGCCAACGCGCUCUACACGCUCUGCAGGAGCUACCCGGCGGUGGUGGCGGUGCCGGAGAGCGUGUCGGACGAGUCCCUGCGGCGCGCGUCGCGCUGCUACCGCCAGGGCCGCGUGCCCGUGCUCACGUGGCGCCACCCGCGCACCAAGGCGCUGCUGGCGAGAUCGGCUGCAUCUCAUCAUAAAGGCGUGAUGGGGAUGCUGAAGUCUUCCAGUCAUCAAAAUCCUGGAACGACACAGAGUGGAACUGAAACUACCUCUAGUAUAGAACAAGAAAGAUACCUGGCAACGUUAGUAUCCCUGACGCCAGCGUCUCGCGGCGAACUGGACGACUCCAGUCUGAGCCUGGAUUCGCUGCUACUGUGCUGUGAGGAGCAACAGCACAACCACACGCCGCUGCUCAGCAAGGCCGCUGGGACUCUUGGGGUGCUGGGACGCGGCAGCGGCGGCAAGAGUGCCGGCGUAGCGGGGGCGACACGACACUUCGGGCGCUGGGGCUCGCUCAAGGACCGGCGACAGGCCUCGCACCUCGAGCUCUACACCCCCCGCGCGAGACUCUCCGCAGUGGACCUCGACAACGUGUCGGGCGAGGGCUGCGCGCGGCGCGCGGCGCUGUACGUGCUGGCGGAGAAGGGCGCGGGCGGCGCGCAGGCGGGCGUGGAGCCCGUGCCGCUCGACUACCCCGACGCGCGCGCCACCAAGCACGCCUUCAAGAAGCUGCUGCGGGCCGCCGCGCCCUCCGCGCCCGCCGCGCCCGCCGCCGCCGCCGACGAGCCCGGCUUCCUCAGGUUAGUGGAGGAGUCGGGCUGGCUGUGGCAGCUGCGGCAAUUAUUUCAACUGUCCGGUGCGGUCGUGGAUCUGUUGGAUGUGCAGGGAUCGUCCGUGCUGCUGUCGUUGGAGGACGGCUGGGAUGUCACUGCGCAGAUAUCAUCAUUGGCGCAAAUUUGUCUCGACCCAUACUACCGGACACUCGAAGGUUUUCGUAUUCUUGUGGAAAAGGAGUGGCUCGCCCUCGGCCACAAGUUUCAGCAACGCUCCAACCUCGCCGCCACACCGCAGCAGGGUUUCACGCCAACGUUCCUCAUGUUCCUCGAUGCCGUACAUCAGCUCCAGAAGCAGUUCCCGCUGGCGUUCGAGUUCAACGACUACUACCUCCGCUUCGUCGCGUACCACUGCGUGUCGUGCCGCUUCCGCACGUUCCUGCUGGACAGCGAGGCGCAGCGCGCGGAGCUGGGCCUGGCGCCCGACGAGCGCCGCGUCGACGCGUCGCGCCUGGGCGUGGAGACGGGCGGCGCGGGCACGGCGGGCGCGGAGGCCGAGGACGCGCGCGCCGCGCUGGGCCUGUUCGAGUACGUGGAGCGCCUGCACCAGCGCUCGCCGCUCUUCUACAACCUGCUCUACACGCCCGACCUCGACAACCCGGUGUUGCGGCCCGUGAGCGCAGUGAGCAGCCUGGAGGUGUGGGAGUACUACGUGAGCGAGGAGCUGUCGCACGGAGCGCCCUACGAGCCCGACCUGUGGCCCGACGACCGGCCCGCGCCCGUCCAGCGGCGACUCGUCGUGGCCGGAUACGACAGUAUACAGCGGUGCAUGCCGGACGCGUUCACCGGUCUGCUGGAACGACUGAGGCAGCUCGAGCUGGAGCUGGGACAUCUGCCGCAAAAGUGGCGCGUGCGGUGGGACCAGCUGGAGCUCCCCAACACCCUGGAGCUGCAGCGCAACGCGUCGAUGUGCAGCGGGCUGGUGCGCGGCGCGUCGCGGGCGGCGCACCGGCGCGGCACGCGGGAGGUGCUGGCGCGCGCGCGCCUGGCCGCCGCGCCGCCGCCCGCCGCGCACCGCUGGGCGCCCGCGCCGGCCGCCGCGCCCGCGCGCUGCGAGCACUGCGCCGACCUGCUGUGGGGCCCGCUGGGCUGCGGCGCGCGCUGCGCCGACUGCGGCGCGCUGUGCCACGAGCGCUGCGCCGACGCGCUGGCGGCGCCGUGCCCGCCGCGCGCGCCGCGCCUGGGCCCGCCGCCGCCGCCCGACCGCCACGCCGAGCGCCCGCCGGCCGCCGUCUCGCAGCAGUACUACGAGCAGUUCUCCUCCAACGUGGCCGAGAACCGCACGCACGAGGGCCAUCUCUACAAGCGCGGCGCGCUGCUCAAGGGCUGGAAGCAGAGAUGGUUCGUGCUCGACUCCAUAAAACAUCAACUGCGAUACUAUGACGCGAUGGAAGACUCGCAUUGCAAGGGAUUCAUUGACCUGGCAGAAGUGCUGACCGUGAUGCAGGCGCCGCCCGCGCCCGGACCGCCAAAGAAGUGCGACGACAGAUCCUUCUUCGACCUAAGAACGAGCAGAAGAACGUACAAUUUCUGCGCAAGUGACGCGAACGCUGCGCAAGAGUGGAUCGAGAAGCUGCAAGCAUGUCUGCAGUAAUCACUUCCUUGUAGACCUGCAGUUGCACAACGAGCACGAUACGAUAUCGUGAGCAAGACCUCCACUGGACUAUAGAAAAUAUUUAGUGAAAUUAAAGAAAUUUUAAUGAUUUAAACUAAAGAUACUACUACUGAAGAUUCCAUUAUUGUUCGGUCACAAAUACUUUCAACAUUUCGUUAAUUUGUGUUUAUUUUCUUAUCUGUAUGCUUAUAAAGCUCUCAAGGGAGAAAUUUGAUUUCAUUUCACACAUGUCAAAAUAAUACGUAGUUUAUUUAAAACGUGUAUGAAAAUGUUUCAUCGUGACAUAUCAAAGUCGGUAUUAUUGUAAAGUUUUAUUUUAAAAAUUAUUGGAUAAUAUGUCAUUUAAGAAAAAAACUACUAAACUAGCUCUCUGUAAUAUUUACAAGUGCGUUCCGUUCGUCCGUCCCGCGUACUGUAGAUCAUAAACGAUUAAGACAUGAUUUACUAAUUUAAAUAUUUACAUUUUGGCUCAUUCUGACAUUCUGACUCACAUUAGUCCGGAAAAAUAGAGUCGAAAUCUUACUUUACAAAUAAUUAUAGUUGGGAAUUAAAAUUUAAAACGCCUUAUUUUAAAUGUUAUUAAAGUGUGGUAAGAGAAAAACUUUAUUAAUCAACUGAGUGGCGCUUAUUUAACGGCUGGUUUGUAAAAAUAUAGUAAAAAGUAAUUCUAAUAAAAUAGACCGUACAAAUAUUAAUUUGCAAUUUCAAAUAUUGCAUAUUAAUAUUUAUUUAUUUAAAAACUUUUUUGACCACCACAUUGUGGAGUAGGACAAAAGGCUCUACCAGUUAACCUUUAGGCUAAGCGGAAAUUCGUGAAGGCGGUAAUUAAUAGUCGAAAAUAUACAUACAUACAAAUAUAACAACAACAAAGAAAAUAAAAACAGAGCUAUAAUAUACAUAUAUAUAUGAAUAAUAAUGCAUUAUAGAUGUCAAAGAUGAAAAGAACUAGAAACUUUGUGACAAAAUAUGCUCACGGAGACGAGUUAUAACUAAAUUUAUUUUAAAAAAUAUUUUGCAAUCACGAGCCUCACUCUGGUAAACGAUUUAGUUUUUUUUACUUUUAUCGCACUUUAAUAAUGUAAAUAAUAAGUUGUUUGAAUGUAUGUCUGGUACAUUUCUUACACAUUUCACCAAAACUGUUUAUUGUCGGACUAUAAUUCAUGACCGUUAAGACAAGAAAUUUCUGAUACAUUGAUAUGACAACUCGACACGUGUCACCCGAAGUGUUAUCGAUAUGUUAAAUUAUCAUCGUUUUGACAUAUAUAACAUCAUCGAUGGUAAAAGCAGCAGGAUUUUAUCGUCAAACACUAGCAGUCACAAUAGUUUUCAUUUUGAAAGUGACUACUGUCUUAUUAAUGUUACAAAUUGGUGUAAUAAUUCAGUGCUUCGGUGGGUUUAGAGUAUUAUACAAUUUAUAUGGGUAAUUCUUUUUUAAGUAGCAUCCCGGAGAUAGGAAAUUGUCAAUGUUACAUUCAUGUGCUUCGGAAUGGACGUCAGCUUUGAUACUGUUCCGUUCCGUAUCUCUCUUCCUAUCAGAUUAUGAGAGUGAGUUAGUGUGCUGCGUUUGAGAACACACGCUGAUGUAUUAUGCGGCGCUAUUGGAUGAAACUAAUGGAUGGCAUCGAUACUAAUGUUUCAUUUCCGUCAUAAUCGCAUAUUAAGUCGCUUUCAAUUUGAACAAGAUUGUAAUUGCUAUCUUCUAGCGACUGAAGGAGCGUUGACCGAACGCGACCCUCAAUGCAAGUAUUUAUACCGUAGUUUAAUUUAGCUAACAAUAUAUAUAUAUACAUAUAUAAAAUAAAUAUAUCGUUACGUUGGUUAUUUGUAAAUAUUUUAUAUUAAUUAUUGUUGUGUAAAGACUUCUGUUCCAUUAUUAUGAAUAAUUCCUUUUAAAUGUUCAUUAUUAUUAUUUUUUAUACAAUUAUUACGUUAUAUGUGUGUUGUAAAUUGUCUAUACGUCUAUAUCAUCACAAGGUACGUUCGUAAUGGUGUGUAGUUCGCUGUUGUCGCCCGUUCGAUGUUCGUUCGUAGGGAAUAUUGUUUAAUGGGAAUCUCAAAUGAGCCCAACUUAUUGUUACUCAUUGAUCGUUGUGUACGUUAUUUUGUAAAUAUACGUGUAUUUUGUGUUGACAUAUCAGUGUUGCCCGCCGUGACGUCUCGCUAUGGAAAUGGGUAAAACGAUUGUGUUCAUCGAUUUAUUUAGCAACUUGAUUUUUAUAAUUUUUAAUUUUUUUUUCGGCAUUUAAUCUCGUCACGACGGCGCGCGUGGGUUAUGUAUGUAUGAUGUUAUAACGAUGCGCGCGCGCAGGAUUGUUUGCAUUUAAUGGUAAUUACAAUUUUCCCUAUCAGAUGUCACAUGUUAGGCUUUUAUUACCGAUAACGUAAUAUAAAGAUAAAUAUAAACAAAAAUAUUAUUUAAUCAAAUAGUUGUCAAAUUGUAGCUCACAAGAAAUAUCCAGUGACAUCUGAUAAGAGUAUUUUUUUUGUGUAUCUUAAUAAAACCCUGUGCUACUUAUACUUAUAAAUGUCUGUUUAUAUAGUUUAUGUAUAAUGGCCCUUAUUUAAUUCAUUUAUUUUUUCGCGCUCAGAGAUAAUAAAAAUCGGUGCCAAAUUCACAGACUGCACGCACACGAGUUGCUCCGGACAUUCGUACGAAUGUGACGCGUUGACCCGACAUAUUUAUAAGUCUUGUUUUACUCUCGAUGCGGCUUCAUCGUAUAUUUUAUUGAGUCAGAGUUAUUCAUCGAUAUUUUUUUUCAAAUAUUUCCUUACACAUAUUAUCUUUGUAUAGAGGUUUAUCUUUUAAAGACCAUAUCAAUGUUAAGAAAGUUAUACUUUGUUAUACUUAUACUUUGGGUAAGAGCUCCUGCUUUGACAAAAUUAUAAUAUUUGUAGUGUAGCUUCGCUUAGACAAUCUGACCUCCGUACAAAGCCCGACGACGUGCUAUUCUCUCGGAUAAUAUGCAAUUUCUAUGUACAGCUUUAUUUCUGUAAAUGCAUCACGUCGGGCUAAAUAUAUGUAACUGUGCACUGCGUACAAUCGAAAUAAAGAGAUUUUUAAAAGUA